AAUAUUUUAACUUAUGUUUCGACGAAUCGGUCAAAGCUUGUUUGCCAACACUCCAAGCACAUUUUUUCUUCCACGAAUUUGUUAAACAAACUUAAAGUUUUUUCUACGAAUCUUCGGUGCCCAUUUUUUCUUCUAAAUUAUUUGGCGAGUAAAAGACGCGGUUUGAAUAAUUUAUGAUAUAUAAAUAUACUAAGAUCAGCUCAUUGGAAUUGUGUUGGCAGAGUACAAUCGGAUCAUCUGCUAAUUACUAAGUCAAUUGAAGUCCAUGGCGCGAGGGCAUUCUAGCUCAAUAUUACUAAGGAAACAGAAUGCAGUGAGAAGGAAAAUGAAGCGAUUGAGGUUGGAGAUGGAGGAGAUAAACAUAGAUCAGAAGCAAAUUCGAAAAGACCAGAGAGAUUUGAGAGGAAAAUUGGAACACAUCAAUGAGCAAUGCGUGCAGCUUAGACAGGAGAUGGAAGUAGUCGCGAAGCAGAAAGCUCGGAAUCAGCUUCUCUUGAAUCUCACAUUCAGAGUCUUGAAGGCUCGGCAAGCAGGGGACUUUGCCACUGCCAUCUCCCUCACUCGGAUCCUCCGUCAGGUGAUACAAAACAGAGGAGCAAAUGAAGGAAAUGCAUCUGAUGAUAUAAAAUGAAAUUAAGGUUUAAAUUAUUGAAUAGUUUGAAAUGAAGAAAGUCCUACAAAUAAAGGAAUUUAUAUAUACUUGUCUUUUAUUUAUAAAUAAUUAUGGAAAGUUGGAACUUAUGUUGGUUUUGGGUUUAGGCCUUGUUGAUUGCAAGAUAAUUCUUGAUUGAUUAGGUCCUUGUCUUUUUAUAUUUCAUAAAAUAAACUAUAAUGAUUGUA